CUCGGCUCUACCCGCCUGGCCGGCCUGCCGCUCCCGGGAGCACGGCCCCUUCGCCCAUCGCCGGCCACUCGGGGCGUGCGGGCGCCCGGGCUUUGGGAAGCGGGACGUCCCCGAGCCUCGCGGCCAUUGCCCUUGCUUUUUCUUCGUAGUGGCCAACGCCGGCAGCCUGAAAGGGCCCCGCGACUGACACGAUGAGCGCCAACGAGGACCAAGAGAUGGAACUAGAAGCAUUGCGUUCUAUUUACGAAGGAGAUGAAAGCUUCCGGGAAUUAAGUCCAGUUUCAUUUCAGUACAGGAUAGGUGAAAAUGACGAUCCCAAAGCCUUCUUAAUAGAGAUUUCCUGGACAGAAACCUAUCCCCAAACACCUCCAAUUAUAUCCAUGAAUGCUUUCUUUAACAACACCAUAUCAUCAGCUGUGAAGCAGAGUAUAUUGGCCAAGUUGCAGGAAGCAGUCGAGGUGAACCUGGGCACCGCCAUGACCUAUACGUUGUUUGAAUAUGCCAAGGACAACAAAGAACAGUUCAUGGAGAACCAUCAUCCCAUCACUUCCACUACAUCCACAAGCAAUAUCAUCUCAACUGAAACUCCUAAUACAGCCCCAUCAAGUAAGAAAAAAGACAAAAAAGAACAGCUUUCAAAAGCCCAGAAACGUAAGCUGGCAGAUAAAACAGACCACAAAGGGGAACUCCCUCGAGGCUGGAACUGGGUCGAUGUCGUGAAGCAUUUAAGCAAAACUGGCUCAAAAGAUGAUGAAUAGCACAUGGAAUCUGAGACAAGGAAAACACAUCCUUUAAAAAGUAAACUGGGUUCAAAGUCUUACGUUACAAUUUUCUGUUGUCAAGAUGGAUUUUUAUAAAAACACAACUUUUUUUGUAAGUUUCUUACAUAAAGUGUUGUAAGUGGAACGUUCACAGAGUUCUGGUUGUAUUAAAUUAUGACUUUCACAAUCUUGCCUUAAUAAAAGGUAAACAUGUUCAUUGUUAGCAUACUUUAUGAAGCGUGUUGAGCUUUGUGAAUGGUCAAAUAAGGAAGAAUAAGAGUGAUUAAUUUAUAUGAUCUUAUUCUUGUGGAUGUGCUACUUUUUAAAAGGAGACUAAAGCCCUUUACACACUGUCCUCCCCAUGCAGCAGGAUAUUGAGUUGACCCGUAUCACUGGGCUUCUAGAAAAAAGUCUUUAUUUCUGCUUUUGUUUAACUACUGAAGCACAAAUUGCCUCAGAGAAGUUAGAAUAUCUAUAUUUGAACUUUACACAUGGGUACUCUUUGUAAUUCAUUCUUAAUUUUCAAAUGUGACCCUUUAAUAAAUUGAUAACUUUUUUAUAUUUUUAUCUUAAUUUGAAUCAAGAUAUUUGAUCAUGAAAGCUUUCAUAGAUAUGUGGGUUAGGAGAAUAUAUAAAAACACACCUGCCAAAUUGAUUUGAAAGCAUUUGCAUAAUAAGGGUUAGCUCUUAUUGAAAGCAUUUCUCUUUGCUGAGGAUACCAGGAUGAGAGUAAAAGAUGCCUUAAUAUUUAAUUGUUGUAUUGUUAGAGAUAGUGAGUUUAAUAAAUUCCUAUUUAUCCUCUGUUUUGUGAUUUUAGUUCUUGGAUAACUGAUUUCUUCUAGAUGUUUCAACAGAGAACCAUAUCUCGAGUCCUGUUCAUUACCUUUUCAAAGGUCCUUAUGUAUUUUUCAACCUGAUCAUCUUUUUAAAAGAAGUCUUUCAAAUGCUAAGCUGUUGUACAUGCCUGAUUUGUUUUUAAGUUAUGACUGAAGAAAACUCUUCUAGUUUCACCAGUAAGAGUUAUUUAUGUUUAUUUAUGUGUGAUUGGUGGUGAUUUUGUCUGUACUCUCUCGCUUUAAUGGCACUUAGACCUACUGCUUUAUCAGGAGGAGCAGCUUGUUAGUUCCUUGUGUUAAACCUGUGCAACUUGGGUCUCAGUAUUUAGUGAACAAUUAACUUUUCAAGAUGUUACCUUAGUGUGAGAGCAGGUUUGAGUUGUAUCCACACUUUUUACUGGGUUGGCUUUCACUUCAGUUACAUCAUUUGAAUGAUAACGAUAAUAUUUUAUUAUAUAUAAAGAACUACAAUGAAAGAGUUUAAUCUCAUUUUCAAAAGCUGAAUCACAUUUUCUUUCUUGAUUUAAUAUACAUACAGAGCAAAACAUUAAAAUUCAGAAUCACUAGGGUUGCUAAUUUUUGUUUGGGGUUGUGUAUAUUUAGUUCUUGUGUCGAUUUAUUUGCUUACCAUUGAAUAAAUAUCUGCUCAUGGAAAAAUAAUACUUUGUACUCUGAAAUUGACCAGACCUACCAUUGUCCAUAGCAUACAGAGAAUAAUGCUAGUUAAAUGCCAAUGAACUAUUUUUACUCUUUUUAUAUGAGAUGUACAGAUUUCUGGGGUGAUGGUGGCAGUGGUGCCUCUUAUUACCUUCUGUAAAACACUUGAAACUUCUCAUCAGUACUGCCAUCAUCUGUCUAAUACUCCCAGUAUAUUUUCUCAGUCUGUUUACUUAAAUUUGUGUGGAAUGAUGCAAUAAGCAAUAAAGUCUACAUCA